ACAAUAAAUAUGGUUUCAAUGAACCCGCUCGCCUAACUAUUAUUCGAACAAGAAACAGACGACGCGCUUUCACAACUGCACCGAAGCUCGCUGCCCCCGCAGCCACCGUACUGCUAUCUCUACUGGCUAAAAAUGUCUUCUCAGAGCUCCUUAAGCGGAUCAUCUAGUUCGGACUAUGGAGGAAUGGAUCUUCACGAAGCACUGGAACGGCACCGACGAAUGACUAUGGAAAACAUAGAACAACUAGAGACGACUGUGAAAUACGAAAAGUACAGGGAGGAAACAGAAACGAAAGAGUUGUCAAGGACUUGCGACACUCUUUCCCCGAUACCAGAAGCGCCUGAUAACACUGAGAUGCCAGUGCAAGAACUGGAGAAAUGCACAGCCAUAGGCUUUGCGCUUGCUGAAAAGUGCAGACCGGAGGAAAAACUGGGCGAAGCCGUUCAAGCAUGCAAGAUAUUCAGGCAGCGUGCUCAAGCCCUGCUGGCGGAAGCGGCGGAGCUGACUCGACUCGCGGAGCAGGCGGCCGAGACGGAUUCGGACGACGAGCCCGGAUCCGCCGGCACAAGCAAGAGUUAGGCCACCCUCUUCGUAUCAAGCAAUACGUUAAACUAUGUUUACCAGCGAAGGUGGACUUUGGUAUCAAGCAAUAUCCUACAGAAUGAUUUGCAGUGAAGACUGGCUGUUUGUUACAACUAUGCAUAACC